UUGUUUAAUUUAAUGAAAACUGUUAGAGUUAUACUGAAGAAAAGCGGAAGAAGAAGUCAUGAAAUGACAAUAACGAUUGAUCCUCCUUGUGUGUGAUCCUAAAUGAGGUAAACUGGAAAGUCAGAACAGCGCAUAAACAAAACUCUAAAAUAGAGAGGUCUAUGGGACAAAAUGUACGAGGAAUUUGAGAUUUGAUUAUAGGAAGAUGUUUUGACAGUAGCUCCCUGACUGAGGAGACAAGAGGAAUUGAUGGAGUUCAGCGUAAACACAAUGCUGAGAUUGACACUACGUAAUAUCUAUAAUAUGCUCGAACGGGGGAUGCCUGCGCUGAUAUUUCGCCGCCUUUUGCGCCUACUCUCUCUGCGAGUUUUGCUGUGUUGUGCAUUGGCUGGUGGACUGUUUUAUGUGGGCAGCAUUUAUCCUGAGCUCGCAACAAGAGGCAAAAAAGAAAGGACCCCCCUGAAACAGAUACUUCACAGGGACUCAAUACCUACAGCACCAAAAGUAUUCCCAGAAAAACUCUCGCCACCAAAAGAACGAGAAGUCACAAAGCAACCGGAAGCUCCAGACGCCACUGCGCAACCGGAAGCUCCAGACGCCACUGCGCAACCGGAAGCUCCAGACGCCACUGCGCAACCGGAAGCUACAGAAACCACUGCGCAACCGAAAGCUCCAAAAGCCACUGCGCUGCCGGAAGCUCCAAAAGCCACUGCGCAGCCGGAAGCCCCAGAAGCCACUGCGCAACCGGAAGCUACAGAAACCACUGCGCAACCGAAAGCUCAGAAAGCAACUGCGCAACCGGAAGCUCCAGAAGCCACUGCACAACCGGAAGCUCCAGAAGACAACCCCCAAGUUACUCACCCUAUAUUAACUCGCACACACACAUAUAAGAAUACAAUGAAUUUCAAGCUUUCAACAACACCCAUCACUAUGGAAACCAAUACAAAGCCAGCAGAGGGCGGUUACAUAAGGUUCGAUAACUACUAUCUCACCGGCGAAAACAUCAAGUGCAAAGAAAAGGACUGUGAAAGCAAAAAGCCAGAGGAAGCCAAAGCCUUAUGUGACGCGGAGGAAAAAUGUCACGCAUUCGUUUUAACCUUUUCUAAUGCUCUGGAGCUAAAAUUCAACACUUCUGCCAUUAUAAAACCACAACCCGGAAGUAACAUCUAUGUCAAACGUCAAUACGCAACACGUCUCUCCCUCCCACAGGACGUAUGCGCCGUAAAGAUGCCAAAGAAUAUCUCGACAGACGUGUCUCAGGGAUGCAAGAUGGCGGAGUUUGACCCGUUCAAUCCGGAGAUAAUGGGUCACGUGCAUAAACCAGCAAAGCCUCUCCAGUGCCAUGGACAACCGCUGACCACCUAUAGGAACGGGAUGCUCAAGUUCCUUAAUGAGCAAAACCUCAAGAUCAACCGCUCUUUUUAUCAACCAAUAACACGUAUUCCAGAGAAAGACUGGGGCUACAACCUCGGAAACGAGACCCAAAUUGACGUACACAAGCGCAAGUUACCAAUUCCUCACGAGUUCAUACGCGUGGAGACUAGGUCCAAAGACGGCGAGACGCGCACAGAGUUCCACGCAGCUGUUGUACCCAACCCCCAAGUCAUGGAACGCCCACAUCGUGACACAGGGAUUCCGGUUAAUGUCAUGAUGAUAGGAUUUGACUCGCUCUCGGCAGCACAUUUCAAGCGGGUGUUCACAAAAGCGAACUCCUUCUUGAGCAAAGAGUUGAACACGGUGUUUAUGAAAGGCUACAGCAUCGUAGGUGACGGCACAACGCCAGCGCUCACGGCAUUCCUGGCAGGUCAAUUUGAGAAAGAGUUACCAGAAGCAAGGCGCGGUUACGAAAACAGUGAUACAGUAGACAAGUGGCCGUGGGUAUUCAAAGAUUAUAAGUCUGCGGGAUACGCGACACUCUUCAGUGAAGAUUGCCCUGGAUAUGGCGCAUUUAACUAUCGCUUGCACGGGUUCAAGCAGCCCCCUACUGACCACUUCGGUCGCUAUUUCUGGGAAGCGGCGCGUUUAACAAGUCCCUACUGUAUCCAUAGCAAACCACAGCAUCGAAUUCACUUCGACUACAUCGAGUCUUUCUUUGAAGCGUACCCCAAAAAGCGCAAAUUUGGCUUGUCAUUCUUCACAGAUAUUAGCCAUAACAACCUUAACUCCAUCUACCAUAGUGCCGAGGAUUUUUUUAGACUUCUAAAAAACCUUCACCAGGCAAAUCAUCUAAACAACACCAUACUUAUCACCUUCGGUGAUCACGGCUUCCGCUACGGGUCGUCUCGUACUACACUACAGGGGCAUUUGGAGGAGCGGUUGCCUCACCUCGCGUUCACCUUUCCCUAUUGGUUCGAAGCCGAGUACCCGGAUGUUGUGGAAAAUUUGCGUGACAAUAGCGAGACGGUGACGUCACCGUUUGACUUAUACGCUACCCUGAAACAUAUUUUACUAUACCCAGAAUCCCCUACAGGCUUGAAAAGAGGCAUGAGCAUGUUUAACGAAAUUCCAAAGACACGUGGUUGCGAAGCAGCGGGCGUAGCGGAACACUACUGCCCAUGCCUCAAUCUCAAACCUGCUGACCCCAAUCAUGGGCAUAUCAGGAGAAGCGCGGAAGCGGUAGUGAAGUUUAUAAACGACCUAACGUCAUCAGAUCCUAAAAGCUCUCAACUGUGCGAGAGACUGAGCCUGAAGGCGAUCAAAUCAAGCCAUCAGCAAAUGGCUAACACUAAAUUCGCGCAGUUUCUAGGCUCUAGGGAUGCUCACGGGCGAGAACCAAUGUUCCUAAAAGGGAAGGUGGUACCCCACGAAUGCAACUACCGCAUCCAGGUAGAGACCACUCCCGGUGAUGCCCUUUUCGAUGUAGCUGUCCGGUAUCUGGACGGAGAGUUCCGUGUGUCGGGGGAUAUCAGUAGGAUUAAUAUGUACGGCGAACAGCCGAGGUGUAUACUGAGUAGUAGGCCGGAUCUGAGAAAGUAUUGCUUGUGCAAAGACUAUAAGAAGGCCGUACAAUAAUUUAAUAGAAUUAGGUUAAAAUAAGACUUUAAAAAGAUAAUAAUCAAAUUGUUUUUUUAGAAUUAUGAGAAAUUCUCCCACUACAAGGUGUGGGUCUCGAUCAAGAAUGAAAUGUUUGAGCUGGAACCAGCUCAAAUCUUAACAAGGGCAUUUGAUUUGAGUAUAAAUUUAUUCACCUAAUAAAACUAUUCAUAUAA